AUGAGCGAUGGCGCCCUCAAGUACAAGGACGCACAGUCCGCCCACUAUCGCUAUGACCCGAAUGCUGGUGCCGCCGUCUUUUUCGCUAUCCUCCUCAGCCACAUGGCUGCGUUCGUCGCCGGCUUGUGUAACUUCUCCCACCUCUCCAUGCUGUUUUCUUUUGAAGGCCGUGUAGCCUAA